AUGUCGCCCGUGCAGAAGAACGUUGCCACACUCAGCUCCACAUUGUCUCCAGUCUCACCUGUGUCAUCAGUGUUGGAAUAUUACGAGGUGAUCAAGGAUUUGGGUCAUGGACACUUUGGACAGGUCAAGGAGGUGAAGCAGAAAGACCGCAGGUCGAAGCAUUUCGCAUGGAAGCAGGUCUCCUUGGAGAAGGAUCCUCACUGCGAAAAUGAGGUGCAGUUGCUGAGCGAGUUGAAGCAUGAGGGCGUGGUGCAGAUGAUGGAUGCCUAUUGUCAAGGUGGGGUGGUGGACAUCUUGCUGGAGCUAUGUUCGAAAGGAACCAUGAGCCAGUAUGUCCAGAAGCACUUUGAAAGCCUUCCAGGGGCUUCGAAGAAGGUCUACCUUCCACCUGAUGUAGUGGACAUCAAGAUGGCAAUGCGGCAGCUCUUGAAAACGUUGAAAUAUCUUCAUGAGAACCACGUGGCACAUCGCGACGUCAAGCCCGACAAUGUGCUUUUGGCCUCAGGUCACCGUUGGAAGUUGGCUGAUUUCAACCUCGCCACCCGCUUCACACCUGGCGACUACAUGGUAGACCACGUGGGAACGCGGCCUUUCACAGCGCCCGAAGUGCCGCAACACCGGUACACCGAGAAGUGUGACAUCUACAGCAUGGGUAUUCUUCUCAUCAACUUGGCCACAGGGAAACAUUAUUGGCGACCAGAAGAUGUUGAGACAACGGAGGACCAGACACACAUGGAGGAACUCUUGUGCGAGAAGAACUGGGUGGAGUCAGGGAUUGGCCCCCGUCCCCUCCACUUUGCGAAGAAGUUGAUCUCUCUUGAGUGCGAGCGAUACGAUGCAGAAGGAGCCCUCCAGAACCCAUGGUUAAUGAAAUGCGGAGCGCAAGCAGGUUGUUGUACUAUCAGCUGA